CGUUAUUCAGUUUUUUAAAUUUGUUUCCUAACCCCAGAAAUGAUGCCAAAAUCACGCAAAAAGAUCUUUGGAAAAUUGAACUUUUUUUAAGUGCUAACAAUGCAUGAUGGUUUUUAAACGUUUAUGGGUUCGAUUAAACCGAACUAUUUACUGAAAAUAUAAUACCAUAAAUACGAUUGCAGCUCCUUUUUCAAACAAAUAAUAUUUAACAAGAAUUUGUAAAAUAUUGUAAAAUUGAUGGAGUGAAUAUUGAAAACGGGAGUUAACUUGGAGGCUGGAAGUCUAGGCAUUGAUCUAAGUCGAGGCCGGGUGUAGAGGCUGGGAGGUUGCCAGUGUAGGAUGGCCGGGUAUAAAAGAAGGGUGGAUUCUAGCCCUCUCGGCCUGGGAGAACCAAGCAAAAAGAAACGAAAAGUUAUAUUUCAAGAUGUCUCUGUUUAUUUUUUUAAUAGGAGACAAGGUUUCACUUGCGUUCCAUCUCAGGGUGGUAAUACACUCGGAAUGGAGAAUGAUCAUUUUUUUGUGGAAGUAUCAAGCUUAGAUGAACAUUUGUCUCAGAAAAGAAGUUUAGAACCCGACUCCAGAGGAGAAAGUGUAGAGGAUGGAGAUGUGAAUGUUCUGCUUCCUGUAGACAGUAAGGAACGAAGAUUGGUGUUACGUGAAGCCGGCGUUGAAGAAAUAGAUCCUGGAGAGAAAGAAGAGUGCAAACAACUACGGUUGUCAAGACAAAUAUGUGGAUGUUCUUGCGUUGGGUCGUGUGUACCAGACACGUGUGAGUGUGCCCGAGGUGGUAUCAUGUGCCAGGUUGAUCGUCCAGGAUUUCCCUGUGCAUGUGCGCAAGACUUGUGUACAAAUCCUGCGGGAAGACUUGAGUUCAAUCCUGUUAAGGUUCGAACCCACUUUGUCAAGACAAUUAUGAGAACUCGACUUGAAGAGGCUCAGUAUCUGCAGCAUCCUGGUUACUUUAACAGAAACAUCGGGUAUCUGGCUCAGCUAUAUGGGACUGAAAAUUCAACACUGGGAUGGGAUCAGGUCUGGUGGUCAGAAAAAAAUGAAUCUAAACCAGAUGAUGAGGAGGCAAUAACAGAAUCUUCUGAGGAUGAUUCAGGAAAUUCAGAUAUUGAAAUUUCGAACACUGAGGUUGCAACCUCAAAAGUUCUGAAAACCCUGAUAAAAGAUGUUUGCAGCGUGUCCAACAAACCAGAACAGAGCGGGGGAAAAGUACACAAUUCUAUUACUGUAGAAUCAGAAGGAAAUGAUUUUGUUUCUGGUGAGGAAAUUGUAGACCUACUGUCUCAGGAAGUUCAUCAAGAAAAUAUAAGUUCAGAAUUGGAUAAGUCAGAACUUCUAGAUUCUCAGUUACCUAACUGCAGUUCUCAAGUGAAGCUAGAUGCGCAUUUAUCUAAUAAAGCAAGAAAGUUUAAAAUUGUAAAAGAGGAAAAUGUUAAACUAGUUGACUAUGCUAGCGCUUUUAUAAAUCUUAGGGAGCUAGAAUAUUCAAAUGAAAACACAAAAUAUACAACUAAAUUGAAAUAUUUCGAAAAAGAUGAUAUUGCGUUUAUACCCCAGAACAAUUAUGAAAACUUAAAAAAAAAUUCUGAACAAAACAAAGAAAGUAAGUCAGAAGAUCAGAAGUACAUAUUUGAUCCACCAGAUUUAUUUGGGCAGUAUUCUUCAACAGUUUUGGAUUCUCAGGUUGCACAUAAUAAAGAACCCAGAACACAUGAAGAUUCCGGGACUGAGAUGCCUGCAAAAAGUUUACUGAAGAAUGAAUUCUUAUUUUUUCACCAUUCAGAAAAACCAAAAACAUUUGACCAGCAUUUAAGAGAAACAGAACAAUUUGAAAAGGUCUCAGGAGAAACAGAGAGGUUCAAACAGUAUUUUAAAGAAUGUCAUGGAUUUAGGCUGGGCUCAAAAGGUUUGGGGAAAGAUUCAGUUGAGCCCAAAAAAAUCAAUUCAGAUUCAGGAGCAACCGAAGGAGGUUUGAAAAGAACAAUAGAUUUUGUAAAAGAUUUACAAGAACCUGAAAAUUUUGAGAUUAAUUCAGAAGAAUCAAAAAAAAUGAAAAAAGAUUUAGGAGAAUCUGAAGGAACUGAGCCCAUUUACAGAGCAUCCAUAUUCGAGAAUAAUUCAGAGAACCUUGGCGAAUUCGAACAUGACUCUCGAUCUCCCUCAUCUUGUGAGAAUAGCGAGGAUCAGUAUCUUGAAGAGAAAAAUUCGGAUCUUUCCGUAGUAAUUGUGCCAUCAUUAAUUGGAGAGGCAUAACGAAAGUUUUUUAUAAGAUGAAAUUCCUCCGAGGAUUGAAAAUUUUACGUUGUCAUGUUUGAAUUCAAAGAUUUAGAUAUUUAUGUAAAUGCUAUAUGUAUGAAUUGUGUCUUUUGUACAGAAGUUCAUUGUACAAUCAUCCAUUUGAUUUAGGGAUUUAUUUGUUACAAAAAUAUAAUUUACUUGU